GUCGUAACGCCUCGGGGAAAGGGAAGCGGACGGGCAUCUGGAAUCGCUGCCUCUGGCUUUCUGUUUUCUACUAACAGGAUUUGGUCACUGGUUCUUCAUCUUUUGUCUGUUGCACGCAUCCCGCCCUCCCCACUUGCUUCCCCACUCCUUGGAUCCAGCCCUGUGGGCAUUCACGUCAGUUCUCUGACCCCGCCGUGAGCGCCACUCCGGGUCCCCGGGCGGGCUUGGCACGGAGGCGGUAACUAUGGAGAAUAUGGCGGAGGAGGAGCUGCUGCCUCUGGAGAAGGAGGAGGUGGAGGUGGCCCAGGUCCAGGUCCCGACCCCGGCCCGGGACUCGGCUGGGGUCCCAGCUCCGGCCCCGGAUUCGGCUCUGGACUCGGCUCCGACUCCGGCCUCGGCUCCAGCCCCAGCCCCUGCCCUGGCCCAGGCUCCGGCCCUGUCCCCGUCCCUAGCCUCUGCCCCUGAGGAGGCUAAAAGCAAGAGACACAUCUCAAUUCAAAGGCAGCUUGCUGAUCUAGAGAAGUUAGCUUUUGUAACUGAAGGAAAUUUUGACUCUGCCAGCUCAUUGAACUCAGAUAAUCUUGAUGCAGGCAACAGACAGGCUUGUCCAUUGUGCCCUAAGGAAAAAUUCAGAGCUUGUAAUAGCCAUAAGCUUCGUCGUCACCUCCAGAAUUUACACUGGAAAGUCUCAGUUGAAUUUGAAGGUUACAGGAUGUGCAUCUGUCACUUACCUUGUCGACCAGUGAAACCAAACAUUAUUGGAGAACAGAUAACCAGUAAAAUGGGAGCCCAUUAUCAUUGUAUCAUUUGUUCAGCAACAAUCACCAGAAGAACUGAUAUGCUAGGACAUGUUAGGCGCCACAUGAAUAAAGGAGAGACUAAAUCUAGUUAUGUUGCAGCUUCCACUGCUAAACCACCUAAGGAAAUUUUGAAAGAGGCAGACACGGAUGUACAAGUUUGUCCCAACUAUUCUAUACCUCAGAAAACAGAUUCCUAUUUUAACCCCAAAAUGAAACUAAAUCGGCAGCUAAUAUUCUGUACAUUGGCUGCUUUGGCUGAGGAACGAAAACCUUUGGAAUGUCUAGAUGCUUUUGGAGCCACUGGGAUAAUGGGAUUACAGUGGGCAAAACAUCUUGGAAAUGCAGUCAGAGUUACAAUCAAUGACUUGAAUGAAAACUCUGUGACACUGAUUCAGGAAAACUGCCAUUUAAACAAAUUGAAAGUGAUGGUUGACAGUAAGGAAAAGGAAAAGAGUGAUGAUAUUUUUGAAGAAGGAGAGAAAAAUCUUGGUAAUAUUAAGGUGACCAAAAUGGAUGCCAAUGUACUGAUGCAUUUGAGAUCUUUUGAUUUCAUACAUCUAGACCCUUUUGGAACAUCAGUGAAUUAUCUAGAUUCUGCAUUCAGAAAUAUAAGAAACCUUGGCAUAGUGUCAGUGACUUCUACAGAUAUCAGUUCUUUAUAUGCCAAGGCACAGCAUGUUGCCCGGCGUCACUAUGGAUGUAACAUUGUCCGAACUGAAUAUUACAAGGAACUAGCAGCCAGAAUUGUUGUAGCUGCAGUGGCAAGAGCUGCAGCCCGAUGCAACAAAGGCAUAGAAGUACUGUUUGCAGUGGCUCUGGAACAUUUUGUGUUGGUAGUUGUGAGAGUUUUGAGGGGACCUACUUCAGCAGAUGAAACAGCCAAGAAGAUUCAAUACCUGAUCCAUUGUCAGUGGUGUGAAGAGAGAAUUUUUCAGAAGGAUGGUAAUAUGGUAGAAGGGUCUCGUUCUGUCACCCAGGCUGGAGUGCACUGGCGCAAUCUCGGCUCAUUGCAACUUCCAUCUCCCAGGUUCAAGCAAUUCUCCUGCCUCAGCCUCCCAGAAAACCCAUAUAGACAGCUGCCUUGUAACUGUCAUGGAAGCAUGCCUGGAAAGACAGCAAUAGAACUUGGACCUCUGUGGUCAAGUUCCCUUUUCAAUACUGGAUUCCUCAAAAGAAUGCUAUUUGAAUCUCUUCACCAUGGUUUGGAUGACAUUCAGACUCUAAUAAAGACAUUAAUCUUUGAAUCAGAGUGUACACCUCAAAGUCAGUUUUCAAUUCAUGCACCUUCAAAUCUCAACAAGCAAGAAGAAAAUGGUGUAUUUAUUAAAACUACAGAUGACACCACAACAGAUAAUUACAUUGCACAAGGAAAGAGAAAAAGUAAUGAAGUGAUCACAAAUUUAGGCAAGAAGCAAAAGACUGAUGUCAGUACUGAACAUCCUCCCUUUUAUUACAACAUUCACAGACACAGCAUUAAAGGAAUGAAUAUGCCAAAGUUAAAAAAGUUUUUGUGCUAUUUAUCUCAAGCAGGCUUUCGAGUAAGCCGAACUCAUUUUGACCCAAUGGGUGUACGCACAGAUGCACCUCUGAUGCAGUUUAAAUCUAUCCUUUUAAAGUACAGCACCCCCACCUACACUGGAGGACAGUCAGAAAGCCAUGUCCAGUCAGCAUCUGAAGAUACAGUAACUGAAAGAGUUGAAAUGUCAGUGAAUGACAAAGCAGAAGCAAGUGGCUGCAGAAGAUGGUAAACAUAGAGAAGAAUUGGUUCUCAGGUGUCUGUAUAGAUGGCCUAAUAGUUCUCUAUACCAACUGUAGUUCUUUUUCUAUUCUUUCAAUUCAGUAGAGUAAAAAUAAAAAAGUGUCAUUUUUCAUUCAGAAACUGAGCAGUUUCUAACUUAGCUGGUUUGGGAGCUUUGCUUUCCAAGUUUUUUUUGUUUUAAGGCAAACUUAAAAUUUUAAUGGAAACAUUUCAUAUGAAGCCAAGUCUCACUGAGAUCACCCUACUGCUUAAUAAUUCAGAAAAUUUUCACAUGCAAAGUGUUUUAAAUUUUAUGUAUGUUAUGAAAGCCAUCUUUUACAAUUCUUAAUCACAUCUCUGCCUAAACUGAUUCAUGAUGUUUUUGUUUUCCUGUUUGUAGUAUACAAAAUGAAACGGAAGGCUCACAUAUUAAAAUGACCCUGAAUAGAAUAGGAAGAACAAUGUUCUUACAGGUCACAAUGUAUUUCACAAUUAGAAAACUAAAAUAUGUACCCAUUUUUAAGAAAUCAUACUUCUCCCCACAUUGAUCUUUUCAUUUCUUACUAGCUUUUGAGAAAUUAAAUACUUGCCUGAGAUAGAAAUACUUUAUUUUUAUAACUUUAAGGUCUAAGUGACUAAACUUCAAAGUAAGAUUUUGUCAAAAUAAAUUGAGACGAUUAUUCUAAUAUAAUACUUGUUCAUGAGCACUGAAAUCCUGAAGGGGAGAGAUUUGGUUAUAAUUUAAACAGGUUGGGUGAUCUUAAGUGCCUCGGUUAAUGCACGUACAAGUAUUCAUUUGGUUGGUUGUACUACCUCUCAGAAGUAAAAUUUGUCACCUUAUGGAAUGAGAGUUUUUGGGUUUGGGGGUUGUUUUCUUGCUGUUGCUUGGUUUGGUAUUUUUGGUUUUGUGUGUAUUUGUAUAAAUUUUUUGUAUAAUUAGCCCAGGCUGAUGGAACUAUAAAAAUUAGCUGAAAAAAAAUAUUGUUUCCUUAAUGGAAUUCUCACUUCAUUUGAAUAUAAGAUUUUGGAUGAAAGGAUUUGGUAUAAAGUUUGGGUUUUUGUCUCAAGGAUUUAAUCCAUAUUUAUCCCUAAAUAUUUCUUAACGGAUAUAACUUUUUACAACCAUUAAGUGGGGGGAAGGGGGUGGAGGGGGUGAUAAUAAUUAUAACUGAAAGGUUUAAAUAUACUACCUAAGAAAAAAGUACUUCUGUGACAUAUACAAAAAAAUCUAGUGGAUAGGCAUUAGAUGAAUAGAGAAUAUUAAUUUUGCAGAAAUGAAGGAAAAUCUCUUUGUGCUAUAACAGCAUAUUCCCAAGACAGUUUAUUUUCCUUUCUCCAAUUAAUGUGGUCAUAAAUUUCGGUAAAAUCAAGAAAUAGGUGAAGUGCAAGCUAGUUUCUAUAAUGACCAUUAAAAAAAUUCUGCUCUGUGGUUCUUGCCAGUUAAAAUUAUAACUUACAAAUGAGCAGAAUAAAUGAGUUUUUUUUGUUCAUAUUAUUAAAAAUAAAAAUUACUAUAAAUCCAGGAGGCAAACUAUUAUAGCACUCAGAUUAUCUGAUUUAAUACAUAUUAUUGAAUAUCAGUCUCAAAUUUUGCUAAAUGCUUAUCAGCAUGAUAUAUGUUGAUCAAUGAUGAGUUGGGCUUAAUGCAAAGAUCCUAAUUUAAUAAACCUGUAAAUUACUGUUAUCUAAAAUAUAUGUGUAUAUUAAUUUCACAUAUAAAGGUAGAUUUUUCAAAGAAAAAUUUGGUAGGAGGUAGUUUAGAACUCUGUGAUCAGGUACUACAUCAACCAAAAGAGGAAAUACUUUAAAAAUUCCAUUUAGCAACCUGAGCAAUCUUAUUCUCAUAACAAUAGUAGUAAUUUGGGACACUGCAAAUGUUUAUCACAUUGUAAAGUAACGUCAGUUGUAUCCUUUCAUUAAAACUUGAUAAACAAAAGAA